CCCGGAGGCCUACUAUACCAGAAGCGCGAGCUACACCAACUAAAAUUAAAAACAAAUAAAAUUGUGUUGAAUGUUUCCCUUUCGCCUGAAAAUGUGGCCUAGUAUGCCAAAAGCGCGAGCUACGCCAAUUAAAAUUAAAAACAAAUAAAAUUGUGAUGAAUGUUUCCCUUUCGCCUGAGAAUUUAAUUUUUAUUACACAAACAGUUAGCGUAACAAACCUGUUUUUAUUGAUUAUAUGAUUUUCAUUUCCUCUGAAGGCACAGACGUUUUGAAUCUGUAAAAAUGGAUUUCUGGCAAAGAGCUCGGAGCUUCGCCGAGGAAGCCGCAAAGCGAUCACAGGAGCUGACCCAGGGAAUCGGCUCCACCAAUUUAUCCGACGUAGUAACGGAGGCGUCAAAAAGGUCCAAGGAAUUGGCCGUCGAGGUGUCGAACAAGUCCAAGGAAAUCGCUGUUGAAGCGUCGAAGAAGUCGAAGGAGAUCGCUGCUGAAGCUUCGAAGAAGUCGAAGGAGAUUGCCGAUCAGAUCAAGUUUCAGAUUCCGCCGGUCGCCGUGUCGGCAUUGACUAACCUGGUAGAGUCGGCUCAGAAGGGAAACGAGGUUGAUCUGGAGAAAUAUGGGGUUACCGAUGAGCUUCGGCAGUUUGUGAAGGGGAUUACUAUGAAUACUUUUCAGGAUUUCCCGCUUGAAGAUGACUCUGAGAUGUCAGAUAUUCCUGCUAUUUCAAAUAUUCGACAGGAUCUCACAGAGUGGCAAGCAACUCAUGCCAAGAUUAUGCUUUCGACAGUGAAGGAAAUCUCUAAGCUAAGGUAUGAGUUAUGCCCACGAGUGAUGAAAGAGAGGAAGUUUUGGAGAAUCUACUUUAUUCUAGUUAACAGUCAUGUGACACCGUAUGAAAAAGGGUAUAUGGAUGAGGUAAAGUUAAAAUCUGCUGAAAAGGUAAAAGAAGCUGAAGGGAAGGAAAUUACAUUGGGUGAAACAUCCUCUAAAGCAACAGUGGAGGUUUCAAACCAGAAAAGCAAUAAUUCUAAGUCAUCUGCCUCGGAGCUGGAUUUAGAUAUAUUUCUUCUCGGAGACCUUGAGGAUAGUGACAAUGGUCCAGAUGGUGGUGAUGAUGGAUUUGAUGAUGAUUUUGACAAGAUAUAACUUGUCUUCUUAGGAUUCUGUGGAAGAUGAGAAGGGACAACAGGCAAAGGUCGUUGCAGUGACUGAACUGAUAAUGUUAAUACUUCUAACAAAUUUGGAAAAUAAAACACUCUUAAAAGGAGGACCGAUUCAAAUGCCGGUUCGAAAAUCCUGCCACAAGACAAAAAUUGCGAGCAAUAGUAAACUCUGCUUUCUUUCUUUGGUUCAACAACUAAAUCAUUCUUAGCGCUGCGUUAUUAUCUAUUUUCUUCCGGUUUAUCUGUCUUAUAAUUAUUUUUUUAAUUAAGGACGUGAGAUUUGUUGGAGCAGGAACCUGUAACUCUUGGGUUGAUGUAUAGUAUUCUUGUCGUUCAGUUUC